AUGCCCGUGCGGAGGGGCCACGUGGCCCCGCAGAACACCUACCUGGACACCAUCAUCCGCAAAUUCGAAGGGCAGAACCGCAAGUUCCUCAUCGCCAACGCCCAGAUGGAGAAUUGCGCCAUCAUCUACUGCAACGAUGGCUUCUGUGAGAUGUUCGGCUACUCCCGGGUGGAGGUCAUGCAGCGCCCUUGCACCUGCGACUUCCUCACCGGGCCUGAGACCACCAAAAACUCCAUCGCGCAGCUGACUCAGGCCUUGCUGGGAUCCGAGGAGUGCAAGCUAGAGAUCCUCUACUACAGGAAAGACACAUCGUGCCUCCGGUGCCUGGUGGACGUGGUCCCGGUGAAGAACGAGGAAGCAUCUGUCAUCAUGUUCAUCCUGAACUUCGAGGACCUGGCCGAGCUCAUCGCCAAGAGCGCCAGCCGGAGUCUCCACCAGCGACUGUCCCAGGGCUGGCGCCAAGGUGAGCGAGAGCCGGGGUCCCCAGGCGGGGAUGGGGGGGAGGGCGGGGGAUUGUACCGCACCAUCAGCCAGAUCCCGCAGUUCACCCUCAACUUUGUGGAGUUCAACCUGGAGAAGCACCGCUCGGGCUCCACCACUGAGAUCGAGAUCAUUGCGCCCCACAAGGUGACGGAGCGCACGCAGAACGUCACCGAGAAAGUCACACAGGUCCUGUCGCUGGGCGCGGACGUCCUCCCGGAGUACAAGCUGCAGGCGCCGCGGAUCCACCGAUGGACCAUCCUGCACUACAGCCCCUUCAAGGCGGUGUGGGACUGGCUGAUCCUGCUGCUGGUCAUCUACACGGCCGUCUUCACGCCCUACUCGGCCGCCUUCCUGCUCAACGAGGAGCAGGAGGAGAAGCGCUGGAACUGCGGCUACUCCUGCAACCCGCUCAACAUCAUCGACCUCAUCGUGGACAUCAUGUUCAUUGUGGACAUCAUCAUCAACUUCCGCACCACCUAUGUCAACAUCAACGACGAGGUGGUGAGCCACCCUGGCAAGAUCGCCAUCCAUUACUUCAAGGGCUGGUUCCUUAUCGACAUGGUGGCUGCCAUCCCCUUCGACCUGCUCAUCUUCCGCUCCGGCUCUGAUGAGACCACCACGCUGAUCGGGCUGCUGAAGACAGCCCGGCUGCUACGCCUGGUGCGUGUGGCCCGUAAACUGGACCGCUACUCCGAGUACGGGGCGGCCGUGCUCUUCCUGCUCAUGUGCACCUUCGCCCUCAUCGCCCACUGGCUGGCCUGUAUCUGGUACGCCAUCGGCAACGUGGAGCGGCCCUACAUGGAGCACAAGAUCGGAUGGCUGGACAACCUGGGUGACCAGAUCGGCAAGCGCUACAAUGACAGCGACCUCUCGUCCGGCCCCUCCAUCAAGGACAAGUACGUCACGGCGCUCUACUUCACCUUCAGCAGCCUCACCAGCGUGGGCUUCGGCAACGUCUCCCCCAACACCAACUCCGAGAAGAUCUUCUCCAUCUGUGUCAUGCUGAUUGGCUCUCUGAUGUACGCCAGCAUCUUCGGCAACGUCUCUGCCAUCAUCCAGCGCCUGUACUCGGGCACGGCCCGCUACCACACCCAGAUGCUGAGGGUGAAGGAGUUCAUCCGCUUCCACCAGAUCCCCAACCCCCUGCGCCAGCGCCUGGAGGAGUACUUCCAGCACGCCUGGUCCUACACCAACGGUAUCGACAUGAAUGCGGUGCUGAAAGGCUUCCCCGAAUGCCUGCAGGCUGACAUCUGCCUCCACUUGAACCGCACCCUGCUCCAGAACUGCAAGGCCUUCCGGGGGGCCAGCAAGGGCUGCCUCCGAGCCCUGGCCAUGAAGUUCAAGACGACUCACGCUCCUCCCGGAGACACCCUGGUGCAUUACGGGGAUGUCCUCACCACCCUCUACUUCAUCUCCCGCGGCUCCAUCGAGAUUCUCCGGGAGGACAUUGUGGUGGCCAUCCUAGGGAAGAACGACAUCUUUGGGGAGCCCAUCAGCCUCUAUGCCCGGCCUGGGAAAUCCAACGCGGAUGUCCGGGCACUGACCUACUGCGACUUGCAUAAGAUCCAGCGGGAGGACCUCCUGGAGGUCUUGGAUAUGUACCCGGCCUUUUCCGACAACUUCUGGAGCAACUUAGAGAUAACCUUCAACCUGAGAGAUGCAGACAGCAUCCCCCGCUCGCCGCUCAGCGAGGACUACGACUGCUCCUACCGCCGCGUGCGCCGGCGCAAGCAUUCCCUCUACCCGGACGGGCUGGACACGGGCAUCUCGGACGCCGAGCCAUACCACACCUACUCGGAGCUCACCAACCUGCAGGGCCCCCUCAGCAAGGACCAGUGGGAUGACCUGUGCAGCAGCACCACGCCUUGCUCGCAGACCAGCGACGAGGAGGCCAAGCCUCCCAGCCCCACCCAGGCCGAGCCCUCUCCUGACUCCGACCAGGACGACUUUGCCCCAGCCAUGCUCAGCCUGGUCACCCCCAACGCCAGUGGCACCGAUGUCAGCAAGCAGGCGGUGGACGACAGCCAGUCCUACGCGGCCACCCCCGGGGACGUUCCAAACAUGUUCGCCUUCUGGGAGGACAGACAGCCAAAUCUCCACCCAGAGCCCCUGCCGCACGCGUCCUUGGUCCACAACUCCCGGGCCAACCCUCUGCGCUUGGACUACGGGCAGGGUCAGAUCGAAUCCCGACUGGAGCUCCUGCAGGCUCAGCUCAGCAGGCUGGAGUCCAGGAUGUCUUCGGAUAUUAAUAUAAUCCUCCAGCUCCUGCAGCGCCAGCUGUCCCAAGUGCCGCCCGCAUACAGCCCCAUCUCGCCGUCCUCCCACAGCCUGGCCAUGUACAGCAUGGGCCCGAGGGGCAUGGAGCCUGCUCCACCGUGCACGCCGCUGCAGGAGAAGGACCUGACUCCUCCCGGGGAGAGCCCAAGCUACACAGAGAUAGAAAAGUUCCAGCUGAAAUCCAGGGACGCCUUGUCAAGCGGGGUACACCUGUUGGCAGCCUCAGAGAAAACCAUCUACUCCCAGCCGGAACUCCAUUCCCAGACCUUCCCCAACCCAGAGCCCCACCAGAGGGCAACACACACACGGGGACUCUUCCACGGCUCUCGUUUCCCUUCCCUCCCCGAGCAUCUUGAAGCCUCUUCCGAGCACCUAGACAUUCAGAGACAUCUCUCCGAUCCGGUGCUUCCCGGCAGUUAGAGACGCGCAUGCGCCGAACCAAGCCAAGAGGGACCGCAACUGAGAACUGGUUUCGCUGAUUUCAGUUUUGACUGUGGGGGCGAGACGGGGAGGACAAUGUUAUUGGCUCAGGGGUACACUUUGUAGCUGUCUUCUGCCCCGGUGGAGGGGAGUGGAGAGUGGAGGGAGUUCAGAGAUCAUUGUUCUCCAAAGGCUUAUGUAGAGUAGAUUCAAAUUGCACAUUAUAGAGUGCACCCAACGCGGCUCUUUUUGAUGGCCACCAAGAAGCCAACGGGCUGGAGGAGCCAGAUGGCACCAGCCUCCUCUUCCUCGCCAAGGCUUCCUCCCUGUGUUGGUGCCACCAAAAUGGGCCACAACUGCAGGAGGAGAGUGAAUGCACGGCUGGGAGGCCACCUUGCUGGCAGCUCUAUGGGGCGGGGACCACCUCGACAUCUGUGUUCGUACCGCGCCUAGCACCACGGGACCUUUGUGCACUACCAUACUGGGGCUGUUCAUCCUGGAGAUGAUGUUGUCCGGAGGAGGAGAGGGAAAGAGGGAUAAAUGGCAUCAGAUAGUGGGAGAAUGAAGGAGCUGGAGGUGUAAGGUCCAGAGGAUGGGCAGAGGAGAGGAGUAAUCCCUGUCCUACCUGGCUGUCAUUAAGAAACGAGGGUGGUGGUUUCCACCCCUCUAGCAUGCUUCAGCACAGGUCCCU